AUGGAUAAAUCACACCCAUUGAGUAGCCCAAUGGUAGUUAGGUCACUUGAUGUAGAAAAAGAUCCUUUUCGACCUAGAGAAGAACAUGAAGAACUCCUUGGUCCAGAAGUACCAUAUCUUAGUGCAAUAGGAGCAUUGAUGUAUCUUGCUAAUUGUACAAGACCUGAUAUAGCUUUCUCUGUCAAUUUAUUAGCAAGAUUUAGUUCUGCUCCAACAUAUAGACAUUGGAAAGGGAUUAAGCACAUACUCCGCUAUCUCCAGGGUACUAUUGAUAAAGGAUUAUUAUAUUCUAAUAAUUGUGGGUCACAACUUAUUGGCUACGCAGAUGCAGGAUAUUUAUCUGAUCCACAUAAAGCCAGAUCUCAAACUGGCUAUUUGUUCACUUGCGGUGACACUGCUAUAUCCUGGCGAUCAACAAAGCAAACUCUGGUGGCUACUUCCUCAAAUCAUGCUGAGAUACUUGCAAUUCACGAGGUAUGA